GAAUCAAGCUCAACAACUGAAGAAAUUUCAUCAUCUACCGAUUCCUCAUCUUCUACUACCCCCGAUAAAACACCAACAGACUCAAGCUCAUUAACUGAAGACAUUUCAUCCUCUACCGAUUCCUCAUCUUCUACUAACACCGAUACAACAGCCCCAGAACUGAGCACAACAACUGAAGAAAUUUCAUCUUCUACCGAUUCCUCAUCUUCUGCUAUCCCCGAUACAACACCAACGGAAUCAAGCUCAACAACUGAAGAAAUUUUAUCGUCUACCGAUUCCUCGUCUUCUACCAGCCCCGAUACAACACCAACGGAGUCAAGCUCAACAACUGAAGAAAUUUCAUCCUCCACCGAUUCUUCAUCUUCCGCCAUCCCCGAUACAACACCAACGGAAUCAAGCUCAACAACUGAAGAAAUUUUAUCCUUUACUGAUUCCUCAUCUUCUACCAAACCCAGUACAACACCAACGGUGUCAAGCUUAACGACUGAAGAAAUUUCAUACUCUACCGAUUCCUCAUCUUCUGCCUUCCCCGAUACAACACCAACGGAAUCAAGCUCAACAACUGAAGAAAUUUCAUCAUCUACCGAUUCCUCAUUUUCUACUACCCCCGAUACAACACCAACAGACUCAAGCUCAUCAACUGAAGACAUUUCAUCAUCUACCGAUUCCUCAUCUUCUACUAACCCCGAUGCAACACCAACGGAGUCAAGCUCAACAACUGAAGAAAUUUCAUCAUCUACCGAUUCCUCAUCUUCUACCAGCCCCGAUACAACACCAGCGGAGUUAAGCUCAACAUACAACACCAACGGUGUCAAUUUAUCGUCUACCGAUUCCUCAUCUUCUACCAGCCACGACACAACACCAGCGGAGUUAAGCUCAACAACUGAAGAAAUUUCAUCCUCCACCGAUUCCUCAUCUCCUGCCAUCCCCGAUACAAAACCAACGGAAUCAAGCUCAUCAACUGAAGAAAUUUUAUCGUCUACCGAUUCCUCAUCUUCUACGAAACCCAGUACAACACCAACGGUGUCAAGCUUAACGACUGAAGAAAUUUCAUACUCUACCGAUUCCUCAUCUUCUGCCAUCCCCGAUACAACACCAGCGGAGUUAAGCUCAACAACUGAAGAAAUUUCAUCCUCCACCGAUUCCUCAUCUUCUACCAGCCACGAUACAACACCAGCGGAGUUAAGCUCAACAACUGAAGAAAUUUCAUCCUCCAAUACAAAACCAACGGAGUCAAGCUCAACUACUGAAGGCAUUUCAUCAUCUUCUGCUAACACCGAAACAACACCAACGGAAUCCAGCUCAAGUACUGAAGAAAUUUCAUCGGAAUCAAGCUCAUCAACUGAAGAAAUUUCAUUGUCUACCGAUUUCUCAUCUUCUACAAACCCCGAUACAACACCAACAGAUUCAAGCUCAACAACUGAAGACAUUUCAUCAUCUACCGAUUCCUCGUCUUCUACUAACGCCAAUGCAACAAAAACGGAGUCAAGCUCAACAACUGAAGAAAUUUCAUUGUCUACCGAUUCCUCAUCUUCUACCAACCCCGAUACAACAAAAACGGAACCAAGCUCAACAACUGAAGAACUUUCAUACUCUACCGAUUCCUCAUCUUCUGUUAUCCCCGAUACAACACCAACGGAAUCAAGGUCAACAACUGAAGAAAUUUCAUCCUCUACCGAUUCCUCAUCUUCUACAAACCCAGAUACAACACCAACGGAGUCAAGUUCAACAACUGAAGAACUUUCAUACUCUACCGAUUCCUCAUCUUCUGCUAUCCCCGUUAAUCCCCCCGAAUCAAGCUCAACAACUGAAGAAAUUUCAUCCUCUACCGAUUCCUCAUCUUCUACAAACCCAGAUACAACACCAACGAAGUCAAGCUCAACAACUGAAGAAAUUUCAUUGUCUACCGAUUCUUCAUAUUCUACCAACCCCGAUACAACAGCAACGGAAUCAAGUUCAACAACUGAAGACAUUUCAUCAUCUACCGAUUCCUCAUCUUCUACUAACCACGGGACAACACUAACGGAGUCAAGCUCAACAACUGAAGAAAUUUCAUUGUCUACCGAUUACUCAUCUUCUACCAACCCCGAUACAACACCAACGGAGUCAAGCUCAACAACUGAAGGCAUUUCAUCAUCUUCUGCUAACACCGAAACAACACCAACGGAAUCAAGCUCAAGUACUGAAGAAAUUUCAUCGUCUACCGAAUUCUCAUCUUCAACGAACCCCGAUACAACACCAACAGACUCAAGCUCAACAACUGAAGACAUUUCAUCAUCUACCGAUUCCUCAUCUUCUACUAACCCUGUUACAAUACCAACGGAGUCAAGCUCAACAACUGAAGAAAUUUCAUUGUCUACCGAUUCCUCAUCUUCUACUGAGAAAAUUUCAUUGUCUACCGAUUCCUCAUCUUCUGCCAUCCCCGAUACAACACCAACGGAAUCAAGCUCAACAACUGAAGAAAUUUUAUCGUCUACCGAUUCCUCAUCUUCUACCAACCCCGAUACAACACCAACGGAAUCAAGCUCAACAAUUGAAGAAAUUUCAACUUCUACCGAUUCCUCAUCUUCUACUUACCCAGAUACAACACCAAAGGAAUCAAGCUCUUCAACUGAAGAAAUUUCAUUGUCUACCGAUUUCUCAUCUUCUACAAACCCCGAUACAACACCAACGGAAUCCAGUUCAACAACUGAAGACAUUUCAUCAUCUACCGAUUCUUCAUCUUCUACUAACCCCGGUACAACAUUAACGGAGUCAAGCUCAAAAACCGAAGAAAUUUCAUUGUCUAACGAUUCCUCAUCUUCUACUUACCCCGAUACAACACCAAAGGAAUCAAGCUCAUCAACUAAAGAAAUUUCAUCGUCUACCGAUUCCUCACCUUUUACUAACCCCGGUACAAAACCAAUGGAGUCAAGCUCAACAACUGAAGACAUUUCAUCAUCUACCGAUUCCUCGUCUUCUACUAACGCCGAUGCAACAAAAACGGAGUCAAGCUCAACAACUAAAGAAAUUUCAUUGUCUACCGAUUCCUCAUCUUCUACUAACCCAGUUACAAUACCAACGGAGUCAAACUCAACAACUGAAGAAAUUUCAUUGUCUACCGAUUCCUCAUCUUCUACAAACCCCUAUACAACACCAACAGAAUCAAGCUCAACAACUGAAGAAAAUUCAUCUUCUACCGAUUCCUCAUCUUCUACUAACCCAGAUACAACACCAAAGGAGUCAAGCUCAACAACUGAAGAAAUUUCAUUGUUUACCGAUUCCUCAUCUUCUACCAACCCCGAUACAACAAAAACGGAAUCAAGCUCAACAACUGAAGAACUUUCAUACUCUACCGAUUCCUCAUCUUCUGCUAUCCCCGAUACAACACCAACGGAAUCAAGCUCAACAACUGAUGAAAUUUUAUCGUCUACCGAUUCCUCAUCUUCUACCAAACAUAGUACGACACCAACGGUGUCAAGCUUAACGACUGAAGAAAUUUCAUACUCUACCGUUUCCUCAUUUUCUACUAACCCCCAUACAACGCCAACGGAAUCAAGCUCAACAACUGAAGGAAUUUCAUCUUCUACCGAUUCCUCAUCUUCUACUAACCCCGAUACAACACCAUUGGAGUCAAGCUCAAUAACUGAAGAAAUUUCAUCCUCUACCGAUUCCUCAUCUUCUACUUACCCAGUUACAACACCAACGGAGUCAAGCUCAACAACUGAUGAAAUUUUAUCGUCUACCGAUUCCUCAUCUUCUACCAAACAUAGUACAACACCAACGGAGUCAAACUUAACAACUGUGGAAAUUUCAUCCUCUACCGAUUCCUCAUCUCCUUCUUACACCGAUACAACACCAAAGGAGUCAAGCUCAUCAACUGAAGAAAUUUCAUCGUUUACCGAUUCCUCAUCUUCUACUUACCCCGAUACAACACCAACGGAGUCAAGGUCAACAACUGAAGAAAUUUCAUCCUCUACCGAUUCCUUAUCUUCUACUAAUCCCGAUACAACACCAACGGAGCCAAGCACAACGACUGAAGAAAUUACAUCGUCUACCGAUUCCUCAUCUUCUACUAACCCCGAUACAACACCAACAGACUCAAGCUCAACAACUGAAGAAAUUUCAUUCUCCACCGAUUUCCCAUCUUCUACCAACCUCGAUACAACAGCCCCAGAAAUGAGCUCAACUUCUUCUACUGAUUCUUCUUCUUCUGCUAACACCGAAACAACACCAACAGAAUCAAGCUCAACAACUGAAGGAAUUUCAUCAUCUGCCGAUUUCUCAUCUUUUACCAACCCCGAUACAAUAUCACCAGAAAUAGGCUCAACAACUGAAGAAAUUUCAUCCUCCACCGAUUCCUCAUUUUCUACCAACUCUGAAAGUUCUUUUUCAAAAUUAAAUACUUCAAAUGGAAGACAAGUAGAAGAAGAAGCCGAAAAUAAUCGAUCACGAGAAAUAGUUCACCAAUCUCGGAAACUUCUUUCAACAAAUUUCGAUGAAGAUGUUAAUUCCAAGGAAGAAAUCCCAAAGCGAACAAAGCGUUCCUGGAUUAAACUCUUACGGAAUUAUCGAACACAAAGGGGUAGAUCUGCUUUCAAUCGUACAAGUUACCAUUGUUAUAAAACUGUUUACUUAGAUGAAUGUGGUAAGAAGUUUGUUAAACGUGGAUGUGUUAAAGUGCCUGCGGCUUUGAAUGCUUGUGACAUGCUUAAAGGUUCUAAUGGAAAAACAUUGGUAAAAUGUAAUAUUUGCACUUAUGAUAAGUGCAACAAAAGCAGUACCAUCCAAAUAUCGUGGGUAUUGAUAACGAUUGCAUUUUUGAAAGGUUUACAAUUAAGUUUAUGUUGACAUUGUUUUUGCAUAAAGCGUAGUGUAGCUCAGCAUUUGAUUUAUUUGUAAAUUGUUUAUAUUUUAAUUAAUGUUAUACAAUAAGCUUCGUUUUUGUUUUUGUACAUAUGUUUUUGUAAAUAUGUCAUUAAAAAAGUAAUCCGAAUUGUUCGUUCUAAUUUGGCAAUCCUCUCAGCUGUCAAUGAGAAAGAUUUGACAGAUUCAAACUGUUUUGUUUGAACUGUUGCUAGUUUAGU